AUGGCCUGGUGCCCUCUGCUCCUCACCCUGGUCGCUGUCUGCACAGGCUCCGUCUCCCAGCCUGUGCUGACUCAGCCUGCCUCCCUCUCUGCGUCUCUGGGAGCAUCAGCCAGACUCUCCUGCACCCUGAGCAGUGGCUAUAGUGUUGGCAGCUAUACCAUAUACUGGUAUCAGCAGAAGGCAGGGAGCCCACCCCAGUACCUCCUGAGGUUCAAGUCAGACUCGGAUAAGCACCAGGGUUCUGGAGUCCCCAGCAGAUUCUCUGGAUCCAAAGACGCCUCAGCCAACGCAGCGCUCCUGCUCCUCUCUGGGCUGCAGCCCGAGGCCGAGGCCGACUAUCAUUGUGGGAGUUGGGGUGAGGACGGUCAUUUGCAUGAAAGGAGCCUCCCCCUCUCACAGUAUGAAGAGGGAAGGAGCGGCGUGGGGACGCGCUGCUCAGCUGUGGGGCCACAGAAGGCAGGACGCCCUGA